AGGAAACGAGCGAGGACGACCCGGAAAAAUGCGUCGGGUGAGUCGUCACACAUGUGAGGAGGGCCCACUCCUGGAGGAACAGGAGACAGAGGGCCAGCGGCAGCUCCAUGGCCUCCUCCUCCAGCAGCUCAGUACGGACAUCGACAUCAACCGGUGUGUGGCUAAGAAGCGAUGUUUCGCCCCGGCAGCCCUUUACAAGCCAUUUGGGGAGCAGGCCGUCGGUGUGAGGAGUCUGUCUGAGUUCCAGGCCCUUCAGGAUGGGGAGAAGGAACUGGCUGGCCUGCGGGAGCUCGGUCUCACCGACACGGAGAUCCAGCUGUGGCUCAACAAGGACACACCGGAGGCAGCCGAGAGGGACCAUGGUGUGUGCGCCGCGCCAGGGGCAAGGCAGCAGCGCCUGCAGGUGAUCAGGGACAAGAUGGCCACCAGGGCGGCGCUCCUGUCCCAGCCGCAACGUUUCUCCUCCAGCCGGCCGCUGUCCCGGCGGGAGAUCGAGAUCGAGAGGGCGCUGUUCCAUGGCAGCCACCGCCAGGGUUUCCUCACAGCAUUGUACCACCAAGAUGUUGAUAACCAGGAGGACCAGCAGGGGGCGUCAUCCUCGGAUCUGAUGGACUGUCUUUACAGAGAUGUCCUCGGACGACAGGCUUCGCAGAAGGACUCACACGGCACAGCUUCUGUAACAUCGAACCCUCCUGAGCCUGGAAGUAUAUCUCACCAAUCACAGCACUCUCAGAAAGAGACUGACCAACCCCAAGAAUUACAGACAAACAUGGACAAGUUGCAGAGUGGGCAGAAAGAUGCUGUCCGAUCAGAGGCUCGCAGUGAUUUUCUGUUGGACACAUUGGGCGGGAAAAGCAGUUCAGGUGUCGAAUCAGAGUCCAGUUUAAACACGACAGACAAGCUGCUUGAUGAUAACACAGCGAGGCGGCAACAACAGUCGGCUGCUCCAAGAAGCAUCACAGUGAACCAGCCAAUCGGCAGUCUGCGUGGAGCUGGAAUGGUGGGGACAGCUGGGCCUGUGGUAGUACGAGGGAAGAUAGAGAACAUUACCAACGAGGAGAUAGAAGAAAAUCGGGAAUCGGAUGAAAGGAUACGGAAUAUCCCAAGGUUCCAGAAUUACCAACCAGGGGAACCCUCCAAGGUCUUGUGUGUCAAGAACCUGAGUGCACAGGCGUCUGUGGCCCAGCUGGUGGCGCUGUUUUCCAGAUUUGAAGUUGAGGGAGGCCCGCCUGUCCUGUACCGCCUGCUGACAGGGAGGCUCAAGGGCCAGGCCUUCAUCACAUUCGCAGACACAGAAACCGCCCAGAAAGCCUUGGACUUGGUUCAUGGUUACCAGCUCCUCGGGAAACCUCUUGUUAUCGAGUUUGGACGUGAGCGGAGAGGCGAGGAGAAGUCGACGGAGGAUUCGAAGAAUGAGAAGAAACCAAGAGAAAAUAAAACCUCUCUGGCAGAGCCUGACCUGCCGGCUCCUGAAUGAAGACUGACCGAUGUGUCUGUUUGGUUUUGGAGUUUUUCCUUUCAGUAUUUCCGCAUGCACAGUAGAUAUGUUUUUGUGUGCAUGUGUGUAGUAAGGAAAAACAGUUUGGCCAAAAGUGGAAAAAUAGGGGACUUGUUUGACAACGAUCAUCUGUGUCUCCUUCCUCUCUCAACUUUACUUAUGAAGACUUUGAGGAAGGUCCAGACUGGUGCCACUCUGAAGCUGCAGCCUGCACUUCAUCAUCUCUCACACUUCCAGUCUUCCCCUUUCUUCUUCACCCUUUACUAACAAUCCUGUCAUCAUCCAUACCCUCAAGAUAUGGUUUCAGUUCAGACAGAAUUUGGGUUCAAACAUUUUCUCAACACAAGUCCUAUAUGCAAUAAUCACCUUUCCCCAGCUAGACUAGACUCUGCAUUCUCUCUUUGGCAAAGACAAUGUGUUUCUCAAUUUAAGGGAUAUGUACAUAAACAAUGUUUUUUAAGCUUUGAUGACUUGUCACACACAUCUGGCCUUCCUCGGUCCAGCUUAUCUCGGUAUUUCCAAGCCGGCCACCUCCUUCAGCGCCAUGACCCCAAUUUCUAAAAAUAUCUUCAGUUUCAGGCUUGGAUGAUAUGCCAGAGAUCCCUUUUAAUUCAAAAAAGGCCAUCUCAAGAAUAAAUGCUUGUAUCGCCUCUCUUAAAACAUAACCCUGGGGAAGAUUAGGGCGGACUGGGUGGGCGAGCAAGGGGAGGACAUGGAAGAGUGAAUUAUGGCACUUCUUGUGCAGAACUAAGCGUAAUACAAAUCAAAGUAAUACAUCGAUCUCAUUUCUCCAAAGCAAGACGAGCUAAAAUACCCUGAUUCAGACAAGUCAGUAACCCAUAUGUUCUGCUCAUAAGCACAAACCUUUUUUUCUUUAACAUUUCACAGCAACCAGUGUGUUCAUCGAUGACCUUGAGUAAAACGCUGACCCAAUCCGAUGGCCUGCCUCACUGCAGGGUCAUCAGCCAGCGGCCCUGUGACCUCUGACCCCUCCAGUGAAAGGCAGAUGUGUGUUUAUCACAGAGCUGGGUGUGUGCAAUACAACAUAAUACAACUUCUAAAGUCCCCAGAAACACUUGCAGUGUGUUUUGUUUGUCUGAAUUCUUUUUUUUUUGUAAAGACAAAAAA